ACCACCAAUUUGAAAGCUGUUGGAUAUCGACGACGAGCGCAAAUUACAAUUUUUUAAACAGACCAGCUUUUGAGAAGACACCUGGCUUAAAGUUCAUAAAUUAUUAGCAAAAUGCUAAUUUUUUUGUUGAAGGCACUAAUUGUUAAAAUAAUUUGAAAGCAAUUUUGCAUUUGAAGCAUUUAUUAUUUAUAAAAUCAACCACAGUUGGUUUAAAGGGCGACACGUUUUGGCCUAUUUAUAUUUGGGGUUCGUUUUGAAGAAAACUCAAAAAUAUAGUGCUGUUCAAAAUUUUACUUCCCUAGCGAUUGUGUUUUUUGUUCGUCUGCCACCAGUCUAAAAACAUCAUAAAUUAUUAAGCGUUCUAUAUUUAUUUGUUUUAUUUAUUUCUAAUUUCUCUAUUUUGCAUUGGUUUGUUUUUGAGACUGCGACCAAUCGUCUGUUUCAAAAUAUUUAGUUUUAGCAUCUUCAGAGUCUGAAAUCAAUUUUUUACCAGAAACAGCAAGUUUUAGAGCCACUUCUACUACUUGAUUCAAACAAUUGUCGCAAUCUUUCUGAUGAUUGUAGAGAAUUCAAAUGGAGCUAAGCAGUCUUUUCAAUUUCUACAUCUUAGUUCUGAUAGCAGCAUUUCGCAGAUCAGUGCUCGGCGACUUCCAAACUGCUGUGAUGCAAAAACAUAAUACGCACCGGACAAACGCUGGACUCACUCCGCUUACAUGGAGCACGUCUCUAGCGACAAAAGCGCAAGAACAUACAGACAGCAUCACCACUGAUGCAACCAGCUGCAACAUGCAACAUUCAUCUGGAGAAUUCAGAAGCGAUGGUCAAGGUGAGAACAUCUACAUGGCCAGUGGUGCUAAGACAGACGAGGAGCAUGGGUUGGGGGCUUCCACUGUAUGGUACAGUGAGAUAAGCAAAUACAAAUACCCCCUUCUCACUGACCCCGUCAGCAAGUGGGACUUCUGCGUCGACUGGACUAAAGUCGGACACUUCUCCCAGAUGAUGUGGGCAGAUACAACUGAGAUUGGCUGUGGCGUGGGCCAGUGUGUCUUCAACGGAAACACCUUUGUCACCUGUCACUAUCUCCCAGCUGGCAACAUGCGAGGUUCAUCCAUGUUCGCAGAGGCAAACUACAACCAGCUGAUUGCCAGUGGAGAAGAGUUGGCCCGGUGCAGCGCCUGCAAAAGAAACUUGAACUGGUUCGCUGCUCUUUUUGUGGUCGCUGCAUCUCUCACCAAGUUCAACAUGUGGCGAUAAGAGGAUAAAGAAACCGCAGAGAUCAUUGUCACAAAAAAACAGUCAAAAAACAGUGGCAAAACGCAAAAUCAAAAGAUGUGAAACGAAAGAAAUACUCGUAAUUGAGAUUGAAAUGAAUAUUUUCAAAGAUUGUA